AGGCGAGACUUCCCGUCUGUACAAAGAUGGCUGCCAUGUCGGUGCUGUCAUUUCGGUACCUAGCCCAGCGAAGCGCUUAAUUCGACCCGACCCAGGCCAGAGUCUUUUCCUCUGGGCCUCCUUCGUGCUCAGCUAGUCCCCUGGUCGGUCCUUGGGAAUCCCUGGCACCCUUCCGGUGCCCCUCCACUCAGCCAGGAGUCAUGUCCUGGGCCGCUCGCCCGCCCUUCCUCCCCCAGCGGCAUGCCGCAGGGCAGUGUGGGCCGGUGGGGGUGCGAAAAGAAAUGCAUUGUGGGGUCGCGUCCCGGUGGCGGCGGCGACGGCCCUGGCUGGGUCCCGCGGCGGCAGCGGCGGCGGCGGCGGCAGCAGGAGAACAACAAACCCCGGAGCCGGAGCCGGGGGAGGCUGGACGGGACGGGAUGGGCGACAGAGGGCGGGACUCGCGAAGCCCGGACAGCUCCUCUCCAAAUCCCCUUCCCCAGGGGGUUCCUCCCCCUUCUCCUGGACCUCCACUGCCCCCUUCAGCCUCAUCCCUUGGAGGCUCUGGAGCCCCACCCCCACCCCCAAUGCCACCCCCUCCCCUGGGCUCCCCUUUCCCAGUCAUCAGUUCUUCCAUGGGGUCCCCUGGUCUGCCCCCUCCAGCUCCCCCAGGAUUCUCCGGGCCUGUCAGCAGCCCCCAGAUUAACUCAACAGUGUCGCUCCCUGGGGGUGGGUCUGGCACCCCUGAAGAUGUGAAGCCACCAGUCUUAGGGGUCCGGGGCCUGCACUGUCCACCCCCUCCAGGUGGCCCUGGGGCUGGCAAACGGCUCUGUGCAAUCUGCGGGGACCGAAGCUCAGGCAAACACUAUGGCGUUUACAGCUGCGAGGGCUGCAAGGGCUUCUUCAAGCGCACUAUCCGCAAGGACUUGACCUACUCGUGCCGGGACAACAAAGACUGUACGGUGGACAAGCGCCAGCGGAACCGCUGUCAGUACUGCCGCUAUCAGAAGUGCCUGGCCACCGGCAUGAAGAGGGAGGCGGUGCAGGAGGAGCGGCAGCGGGGGAAGGACAAGGACGGCGAUGGGGAGGGGCCUGGGGGAGCCCCUGAGGAGAUGCCCGUGGACAGGAUCCUGGAGGCAGAGCUCGCUGUGGAGCAGAAGAGUGAUCAGGGCGUUGAGAGUCCCGGGGGAACCGGGGGUAGCGGCGGCAGCAGUCCAAAUGACCCCGUGACAAAUAUCUGUCAGGCAGCUGACAAACAGCUGUUCACCCUUGUUGAGUGGGCGAAGAGGAUCCCCCACUUUUCUUCCUUGCCUCUGGAUGACCAGGUCAUAUUGCUACGGGCAGGCUGGAAUGAGCUCCUCAUCGCCUCCUUCUCCCACCGGUCCAUUGAUGUCCGGGAUGGGAUCCUGCUUGCCACGGGCCUCCACGUGCACCGAAACUCGGCCCAUUCUGCAGGCGUGGGAGCCAUCUUCGACCGGUCCCUCUCCAGGGUGCUGACAGAGCUAGUGUCCAAAAUGCGGGACAUGAGGAUGGACAAGACAGAGCUUGGCUGCCUGCGGGCGAUCAUUCUGUUUAACCCAGAUGCCAAGGGUCUGUCCAACCCCAGCGAGGUGGAGGUCCUGCGGGAGAAAGUGUACGCGUCACUGGAGACCUACUGCAAACAGAAGUACCCUGAGCAGCAGGGACGGUUUGCCAAGCUGCUGCUACGUCUUCCUGCCCUCCGGUCCAUCGGCCUUAAGUGUCUAGAGCAUCUGUUUUUCUUCAAGCUCAUUGGUGACACUCCCAUCGACACCUUCCUCAUGGAGAUGCUCGAGGCUCCCCACCAGUUGGCCUGAGGCCCCUCCUGGCAACUGAGGGGCGCCCUCCAGGGGACUUGAGUCCUGGGGCAGGGUGGCAGGGGCCGAGUUCCCAGAUGGAACCUCAGGCGAGGAGCACGGCACAGACCCCAGGGCGACCACCGAGCCUCCAAGGGUCGUGCUUGGUAUCCCGUCAGGGGUGCAGGUCCCUGAGGGCCUGCACGGCUCCCUGUGGCGGCCUUGAGUCUAAACUGUUGGGGUCUCCCGUGGUUUGGGGUGAUUUCUCACCCUGUCUUUCCUCCAUCACAGAGCACUGGCUCUGCUCCGAGGACCCUGCUUCCUUGGCUUGACCUCCCCGCUACCUGAGGGGAGAAGGGGAACCUCCCCCAGAGGUGGGUGUUGGGGGAGGCCCCCAGACUGACUUGAAAGUCGGUGGGCGCAAGAGGCCGCCUUCCUCCCAGACCUGGCACAUGGGGCCACUGGAAGAGGGAGGGGCUGUCACAUCCUGGCCCAGGCUCUGCUUGCAUCACCUCCUGCGGUCAGACAGGAAGGUGGUGGAGGGGCUGGUGCCAUGAGGGAGCCCAUCUAUUUCAAAUUCCUUCUGAGGAUAAAGACUUGCAGUUAGACUCAAAGAAGUACUGUACUUCCCCAGGUUGACUAAGAAAUGCCAGUGGUGGCAUGGGUAUUUGGGCAAGGGGCCCUGGGGUGGUCUGUCCCUGGGGCUCCCGGGCACUGGCCUUGCCCGGGAAGGGCCUGGGCGGGGAUCCCAGGCCCAGGCUGGUCGAUGGAUGCAGUGGGCGGGGGGGGGGGGGUCCAUCCUCUCAGCUCUUCUCCAGCCCGGGCUAAGUGCUGGUCACCCCGGAUCCUGGCCUGAUAACUGCGAGGAGACACCAGUCUGUGGAGCCUGGGGCUGCAUGAAUUUUGCCCCGAGUCUCUUGGGGUCCUUUCCCCUCUCCCUCGCACAUAAAAUCGCUUUCAAAUUAA